GGGCUCAACAGGUGAUUGGCUCCAAAAGAGGGAGGAGAGGUCAGGCCUCAGUGAAGGAGAGGGGAAGGACAGAGCCAUUCCCAGCUUCUUGUGCAGCAAUGGCGCUGCCUGUGAGGGCCCUGAGUAGGGGCUUUGCCAGCGCGGCCAAGGGGGACCACGGAGGGACGGGAGCGCGCACUUGGCGCACCCUGACCUUCCUGCUGGCGCUCCCCAGCGUGGCCCUCUGCACCCUCAACGCCUGGCUCCACUCGAGCCACAGCGAGCGCCCCGAAUUCAUCCCCUACCACCACCUGCGGAUCCGCACCAAGCCCUACUGCUGGGGGGACGGCAACCACACUCUCUUCCACAAUCCUCGAGUCAACCCUCUGCCCACGGGCUACGAAGACUAGGACCACAGCUAGCACAAUAAAGGCCGGAAGUUCUGGGA